GCCGUUGUAUGAUGGACGCCAUGUUCAGGUUUUAGCUAUAACCACAGUGCUUAAAGAUAAGUAGAAGAAGAAGAUAUAUUUCUAAAUUACAUACAUGUCAGAAAAGCCUUACAACGACGAAGUUCAUGAUGAGUGUGAUGUAUGUGAGGGUUAUCAUGAUACUUCAGAAUGCCCUCUCUUGGGUGUUGGAGCUAAGGUGGAAGACAAGCAGAUUCCUUCACGAGCGAGGCUGACGAUUCCUCAUAACCUCCAGGUGAAUGAUCGGGAUUAUGGUCAUCUAGAAGUAAUUGCUAAGGAACGUAUUAUUUCUAAAACCCAAUUUGGUCCAGUGGAGGCUCCAAGAGUUUCUAACUUGGAAAAAAUACCAAGCUUUAUUUUAAAGGUUUUCAAUAAAGAUGGAACUUCAGUGUUUUUAGACACUUCAGAUGAGACAUACUGUAAUUGGAUGUGUCUGGUUUCUCCAGUGAAAGAUGGUGUCCAUCAAAAUCUGAUCGCGUAUCAGCUUCGAGAGAACAUUUACUUUAGUGCACAAAGAGACAUACACGUAGGAGAAGAACUGUGUGUUGGUUAUGCUCCUGCAUAUGGUAAAAAAAUAGAAUUAGCACUCCAACAGUCCAAUUCAGUAUCUCCUUCAAAGAAUAAAAUACAAGUCUAUCAGUCAAAUGAGACAUCAAAUGGUAUACAUGAAAAUUUUAACUCGGAUGUUCAGCAGGUCACUCAACCACUUCCUAAACGAAAAAGAGGACGUCCGCCGAAAAGUGUUUCACUUCAAAGAAAUGGGGCAGGAAAUGACACAAACCAAAUUGACAUAGACACAGAACCAGCCACUGUAUUGUCUAACCUGGAUGCAAAAGAUUUAGGAGUGAAAACUGAUUCAAAGGAAUGGUCAUGCUCACAAUGUAGUAAACACUUUACUGACUGCCUUUUAUUUGCUCGUCACUUACAAGAACACUAUAAGCCUAAACACUUUAUAAAGGAUAGAGAAGGCUGGCAUGCUGGCAGUUGGUGGCGAAGAAGAAGAGGGAGACAAAGAAGAAGCCACUUUGCCAAGCUUGCUGGCUUAAGGAGAGUAGGACGACCGAGAAAGGACGAGCCCAAGCCCUUCAGGAAGGAACGAAUUCAGGUGCAAGCAGAUGAGGAUGACAACCAAAUACUUGAUAGCACUCAGCAAGAUUCUGUUACCAAGAACCAAAAUGGAAAUGAACAGCACAUUUCAAAAACUUUGGAAUUCAAACCUCAAAAAGUCCCAGCCAAACGAGGAAGAAAACGAAAAGGUGAAGGUAUUCUCAAGGAAGAACCAGUUGAUGAUAAAAGGUUUAAACAAAUUCAUAGACAACGUUCUUUGGCUGCAACAGGAAAAUACAACUUGAGAAAAACACGGAAAGCCUUAGUUGUUAGUGAGGAAGACUCGGAGGACAGUGAUGCACUCUUUAUUGAUGAAGGAUCUGAUGAGGAUGAAGAUGAUUAUGAUAGCCUGUUGGAUGAUGAAGAUGAUUUUGAUGAUUUUGAAUAUGAGAUGUAUGAAAGUGCUAGGGCCUCAGAAGAGAUAAGAACAGUUUCCAAAGAUACUCCUAUCAUUCAUAGAAUACUCCUAUCAUUCAUAGAAUAUAAAGUUGAGCAUAGAAAAUCUGCUUCACCUCUUACCCUUCCAAAAACUAAAGAUCCUACUAGUAUGGAUGUUAGUGAGGUUAGCCAGAUUUUGACUGCAAUGGCCACUGGUCAGCACUUACUACAUGAGGCCUCUAAUGUGUGUGGACCACUACCAAGUAUGCCUGUAAUACACAUUGACAAAUCCUGUGAAAGAACUACUGAUAUGUGUAAUUCUUCAGAUGUGAUAGAAAUUAGUAAAAGUAUGAAUAAUACAGAAAUAAAAGCUUCAGAGAAAGAUAGAAAGACAGAGGAAGUGGUAGGUGAUGUCUCACUUUCAGAGAAUCGGUCGAUCAGUGAUCUUCAACGAUCGGGUAGUAUUUCAGACGGUGCGGCCCAAUCUGAGAAUCAGCCAGGCAGUAAUAACCAACAGUUAAAUAGUUUAACAAAUAGUGUUCAACAAAGAGACAAUGACACCAAACUGUGUGGAAGUGUAAUUCAACCAGGGAACAAGUCUGCUGGUGAAAUUUAUCAGUCAGAUACAAAGUCAAGUAGUACCAGUCAGUUAGAAAACCAACAGUUUUCUAACAUGACAUAUGAUGUCAGCCAUUUGGAAAAUGAACUGAUUAGUAGCAUAGGUAAUGUUUCAAAUAGAACAUCUCAGUCCAACAAUAAAGAAUUCAGUGAUACUCAAAAUCAAAACUUGGUUGAGAGUACAGAGAAGUCAGAGGCGCAUAUCUUCAGAGUUGAAAAGCCAAAGAAUGCAACACUUGGUGCCAAAAUAUCAGAAAGCCAAAACAAAAAUCAUUAUCCAAACAAUUCUGUGACAGGAAUUGAUGAAACUGUUAAAGAUUAUAGAAAUAUUGAAGAAGAGUUGGUACGACUACAUGUCCGUAGAAGAGAGGGGAAAUAUAAAUGUGAUCUAUGUGGGAAAAGAUUUAAUAAGACUAUUUAUCUUUAUCGUCACUUGAAAAAACACACUGGAGAAUUUACCUGUCAUCGCUGUUACAAAGUGUUUGCUAGAAAAGAAAACAUGAUAAAGCACAACUGUCCAGUCUUGAUUGAUGCCGAUUCUUUUCAGGACCAGAAGUUUGAAUUUAAUUGUGAGAAAUGCAACAAGUCCUUUGGCUCCAAACACUUUCUCCGUCGCCACAUGGCUAGGCACACUGGAGAAUACAGAUGUGAAGACUGUGGGAAAAAUUACUCUUCAAGGGAAAUUCUGCAGAAUCAUGCAUGCUCAAUGAACCUGUCUUUAGAACACUUUGUAUGUGGAGUAUGUGGUAAGACAUUUAGCCGAAGGAUAUACCUUUUGAAGCACUUACCCAUCCAUACUGGACAGCAUGCCUGCAACAUUUGUGGAAAGUGGCUAAGGUCAAUUGAUUCACUGACCAGUCAUUUAAGGAUGUGUAGUCAGGUCAAGGAAAUAGAAAACAGUGGACAAGUUAUGUGUCAGGAGUGUCACCAGGAAUUUACAGACGUGGCAGAAUUUAGGAGACACCAGUACGAACAUACACACAGAUAUGCUUGUGAAGAAUGUGGAGCUAGGUUUCGUAACAUGGUUUCUCUUGGACUUCACGUCUGCCAGUCUCAAGCUGUUUCAUGCGAGAUUUGUGAUAAGGUCUGUCCCAAUCCUGCCAGUUUACAGCGACAUAGAGCUAUCCAUGGUGAGCCAACCUUUAAGUGUAAUGAAUGUGGAAGGUUGUACUAUCGAAAAGAUUCUUUACAAAGGCAUCCAUGUAUGCUACGAAAAAGUAGCAGAAAAAGGAAGAAGAAAAAAAUCAGCAUGGCACCUCUUGUCUGUGAAGUUUGUGGCUCCAUGUUUUCAUCAACAAGUAGCUUGAAUGUUCACAAAAAUCUUCAUGGAGAGAAAAGAUUUUCAUGUGAAGUGUGUGGAAAGCGAUUUCAUCGUAAGGAUUUGCUUCUUGAGCAUCAUGCUGUUCAUUCAGAACCUUCAUUCCCAUGUCCCACAUGUGGGAAAUUUUAUAAAACUAAGAAGUCACUAGAUGUCCACAUGCUGAUCCAUGAAGGCCUAAAGAGAUUUAGGUGUUCUGUGUGUAACAAGGAAUUCUUCCAGAAGGGAAAUUUAUUAAAACAUCAAGAGACACAUAAUAAAGAUAAAAAAUACUCCUGUACAUUUUGCUUCAAAUCCUUCAAUACAAAAGAAUAUUUCAACAUACACACAUUGGAACACACCAGAGGGCGUAUCUUUACAUGUGAAAUGUGUGGGAAGGCUUUUGUAAAGAAACACCAGCUAAGCAACCAUAUAAAGUUCUUUCACAGCAACCAAUCAUACAUGUGUAAAUACUGUGGAAUAUGUGUUAAACUUCGACACUCCUUGAAGCGACAUCUUCACAACAAACAUCCAGAAUAUGCACAUGAGUUUGAGGAUAGUAACUUCACAAACUCUAUGUUGGUGUCACAAGGUUCGUUGGAUAUAAAUGUAGAAGGUGCAGCAGAAACACCAACCCUCUCUGCCACUCAAGGUGAUGAGUUACUUCUUGCAGUGGCAGGAGUUGCAAGUAAAGAACUGCAAGAAGCCAUCUCAUCUGGACGAGCUCAAAUUAAACCAGGUGCUGCUCCGAACACUUACGAAAUCUCCGUGCCAAUUUUUUCCCCCACUGAUGGAACGGAAGAGAACCAACAUGUUAUCAUUGCAACAGUUGAACGAAGUAAUUCUGAAGAAGGGCAGUACCAAAAUGAUAUUGAAGGAGAAGCAUAUCAGGUAACAGAAGGUGAAAAAUUUUCUGGCGAAGAACUUCCUGUGACACCAGUAAAUGAUGGCGUUAGCACUCAAUCUGAAACAGAAGCUGUUGCAGUAAAACAGGAUGAUACACAAAACAACAAACAACACGAAGAAAACACCAUGACAGUUCAGGUAACUAAAUAUAUGGGAAUUCCUGUAAGUUCGAGUGAACUACAGCAUGAAGCUGCUAUAGAACUGGAGAAAGCAGAGUCCCAGAUGCCAAAAGAUGUAGAGAAAGAAGCCAAAGCCCAUUUAAUCGAAAACGUGCCUAGUAAGCUUGUCUUCAAGGAAGCCGAUGGGUCUCGUGAAAUUCAUUUACAUAGUAAUGGUUCAGAUCCAAGUCAGUUGGUCAGUAUUAUUAAUGAAGCACAUGGACAUCAGAAUUUGAUUCAGGUAGCUUCUGAUCAGCUAGAAUCUGUAAAUGAAAGCAGUCAGUUUCAAGAGAGAACUGUAGAGCUUGUGGAUAAUAACCCUAAUCUGAAAACUGGUAGAGUUGAGCUAGUUAGUAAUGACAUUGAACAGUCUUUACCAUCUGAAUCUGUGGAGCAGAUGGCAGCACAGCUUGUAGAUGGUCAACAAAUAUUCAUAACAGAAGACUUAGCGGAAGGAACCCACCACAUUGUUUUUGAUACUUCCAAUUUUGAGGAAGCGAUACAAGGUGGCCAAAACUUAGAGGCUACAAAUGGUACAAUCGUUUUAGAAGAUGGAACUGUUCUACAACACGGAGAAACUGAUGAAGGGGGCAACCUGUUGUUUUACGUGCUUACAACAGAUGAAGAAAUGCAGCAAAACCAGUGUGGUUGGGGAGAUGGAUAGGGAACAAUAUUUUGAUUUUAACUAUGAUGAAUGAAAGAUGAAAAAAAGAAACUGUUAGAAAGGAGAGAAAAAAACCUCUUGCCAUAUGUGCUUAUCGCAAACAAAUACAUCAAACAUGAUGUGUGUGGCAAUAGGGAUGGGGUAAAUACAGUUUCUUGUGUGAUUUUGCUGGUGAAAACAAACAAUUGAACUAAUAAUAGAAACAAAUGAGGUAUAAAUAUUCCUGUGUGAUUUAUUCAUUUCAGAUAUACUGUGCAAUGAAUGGUUCACCAACAACAUAAGAGAAAAGUCUGUCAAACCCAAGUGUACUGUUUUAUAAACUCAACUGUAAGUUGACUCUGAUAUAGACUUAUAUUUCUAUGACAAUGUUGCCCUGCGUUUGAACCUUUACAUCUUUCAGUUGUGUUAAACAUUUAAGUUCUUUCCUUUUGUGUUAUUCAACCCCUGAAUCAGUGGAGACAUUUAUUGGUGUACAUAUUAUUGAUGAAUGUCAAUGAACCCAUGAAUCAGUGGAGACGUUUAUUGGUGUACAUAUUAUUGAUGAAUGUAAAUGAACCCUUGAAAAUAGCAAAUGAAUUAUGUUUUCUACUUUGGCUUCGAGUGUACAUAAUCUAAAGGUCAUUUCCUAUUUGCCUUUAUAAAAUAAAACAUCGGAUGUCAAAA